AUGAUCCAUUCUCGCAUCCUUCCGGCUCUGCGCCAACCUACGACACGAACACGAACCUCUUGGCGAGUAUUGGUCCGAAAGUCCAGCACCGCACCCAAUGCCUCUACCCGACCAUCGCGGUGGCCGCGCCGUCUAAUAUAUGCGGGAAUUUUUGGAGCGCUUGGCGUGGGUGCAGGGAAAUGGAUGGACGAUAAAGUCUCAGCGCCACCAGCUCCAGGGUCUGUAGAGGACCGAAUGGAGCUUCAGGAAAUACAACGCGUGUUCGACAUUGGUCUGCCCAUCGUGCAGGAGCUGCGCCGCAACCCAGAUUAUGUGGAGAAGGACGUCUACGAGAACUUCUCGGAGGACCAUAAGGAACAGCGGCUGACUUCUGGCCCCUUGGCUGGUAGCAGAGGUCUAGGAUUACAGAAAGUAUUUUGGAAUGACAAAGAGAAGAAAAUCGUUAGCGUGGUCUUCCUUGGGCCGGGCCUGGAAGGCUGGCCAACGAUGGUUCAUGGCGGCGCGCUGGGCACGGUCAUCGAUGAGAACUUGGGACGAGUAGCUAUUCGGCACUUCCCUGCGCGAACUGGUCUUACAGCCAACCUCAACCUCAACUACCGUGCUCCGGUCUACUCAGACAAUUUCUAUACCUUGCAUACAACCCUAGACCAGGAACGGAGCACGGACAGUAAGGGCUAUGCCAAGUGCGAAGUCCGCGAUAUGGCAGGCCGACUCUGUGUCGAGGCAACGGGUCUUUUCGUUGUCCCCAAGAAACUGCAGCUCGCUAAAGUCGGGGACCACUUUUGA